GUUCACUUUCACUCUCGCCACACACCGUCGCGGUCUCCCACGGGUUAUUCGUUGUUUUUACACAGGCUUUAGUGCUCCGUGAAUCUCCGCCAUGAAACAGCUCGUGCCGUCCGCCGCCGUCGCCGGUCUGCUGGCCGUCCAAACCCUCCUCGUGCUCGGCGUCCUGGACUUGAACGGGGCCGAGGUCCGGGCCCAGGAGAGCCCGUUCGAGUUGCCCGUCCAGCUCAUCGGUUUCCCCGUCAUCAUCGUCGCCGUCAAGAUGUCCAACUUCGUCAAGAAACUCGCGUACGCCCUGAACCCGAGCACCUAUAGAAGAAAGGCCAAGAGGGACUUGCAGGCUGCGACGUCCUCCUCAACGACCUUGUCGUCCUUGGACGUGCUCAAGGCCCAGGAGAUGAUACUGAAGGAAAUGGGUCCGGAUGCGUGCGUUUACGAGAAGGUGUGCUCCGCAUACGCUGAGGCGGCCGCGCUCACCAAAAAGGAUCGGCACAGUGGUAAGGCCAGAGUGGACCGAAUGGACUGGGAAAAGAUCAUCAGUGGGUAUAUGGAAACCGGACAGGCCAAAAAGAAGUACUACAUGCUGAGCGUUUUCCUGGGCGACGUGCUGGGUUCACCAGAAUUCUGUUCGAGGAUCGUAAGGAAAAUCAAACGAUGUGACGUCAAACACAUAUACCACUGACGCUGCACAUACACAUGAUAUAAUAAUAUUGUGUUAUAUAUUUCAAGAACUAUAUUUAUUGAACAAAAUAAUUUGUAAUUACAAAUAAUAAUAACAAUAAUUAUAAUAGUUUAUAAUAUUCUAAGGCGAAGUACACCACGCUGUCGUCGUAUCAUUGUUAUUAUUAUUUUUUUUUCGUGUAAUGUCGUCGUCGCUUUCGUUUUAAAUGUUAUCUUAAUUUUUUUACAACCAAAUCUGAAAUGUAAUAUUA